AUGUCAUCCUCAUCAUCGGCUCCCACGGCGAUUAUCACAGGCGGCAGUGGUGACAUUGGCGCUGCCGUGGCGGAGAUGCUUGCGGGCAGCGGCUGGAAUGUUGUCAUCAAUUAUAGCCAGUCGCAGGAGAAGGCAGAGGCCGUGGCGGCAGUGUGCCGGGCGCACUGUGUUGGGCGAGAUAAUGCGCGCACGGUCCAGGGCAGCGUCGCAGAGGACGGCGACUGCCGCCGCAUCGCUCAGCUGGCCAUGGAGGCGUUUGGCCGUAUCGACGCGCUGGUCAACAAUGCCGGCGCGACCAAGUUCUGCGCCCACGACGAUCUCGAAGGGCUCUCUGCGGAGGACUUCCAGUCGCUAUACGCCAUCAACACAGUCGGGCCAUUCCAGGUGACGCGCGCCUGUGUUCCCCACAUGGCGGCCGGCAGCUCUGUGGUGAAUGUGAGCUCCGUGGCAGGCAAGGCGGGCACCGGCUUGUGGACUAGAUGCUGGAUAACACGCCGCGCUGGCGCGCUAAACUCGCUGACGCUGAGCCUUGCGCGCGCUCUCGGACCCAAGGGGAUCCGGGUCAACGCCGUCUGCCCCAGCGUGAUUGAGGGCGAGUGGAUGCGCCGGGGGAUGGGCGAGGAGCGAUUCGGCGCUUACUUUGACGAGUUCCGCAUGCUUGCUCCGAUGCGGCAGACAGUGCUAGAUGCGGACUCGCCUAGGAGAUUUGGAGACUAG